AUAGUAUGUAGCUACUUAUAGCAGGCUUGUGGUUUAAAAAAGGCAAUUUAUGAAAUUUUGUUGAUAUUGUAAAGGGGGAACAAAAAUAAACAUCAAAGGAUUUGGAGUAAUUGAUGUUUUGUUUUUGAGGCGGCAGCCUAAAGAUGUUGUGGAGCUGGCUUUUGAAUUGAAGAUGACGAUGGCUGCAUACUCGAAAACUAUGUUCAGUUCUCAAAAAUUAGGUAACCAUGAGAUCGAGGUGAAUAUUGUUAAUGAUCAAAUGGCAUCAUUGCAAAUGAGGUUCAUAGCAUACUGGCAAAUUGCUUCGAGUCUUGAAAAGAUUGUUAAUGAUAUUGAGGAUGAGAUUCUUGGUGAUCUAAUAGCAUCCCAUAGUGGUGGCUUUGAGAGUUCCCUGCUGGAAUCAUUGGUUGCCGAGAAAUGCUUUAGGCUCAAAAAGAGUGUGAAGUUGCUUGAAGAGUCAAAAGAGAUGGUGAAGAUUAUGGACAUUCUUGCUCAUCAUGUUAGUUCAGAAGAGGCUUAGACUAGUGUUUGAUGAUUUACGCAGCAUGUCUUUUUGUCCUUGAGUCGCAUUUAUCUAUCUACCUAGUACUUUUUAUCGAAU